AUGGGGACCCUGAGGGCGCUCGACCGCUCGCAGCGCUCUCACCUGGGCGCCUUCGCCUCCGCUGGCGGCCUGGAGGUGCUUGCGAGCUGGAUCCGCCGUCAUCCCGUUUGCCGCUACGCCUGUCUCGCCGUGCUCCAGGGCAUCCCGGUCACCACCCGCAGUCCCCAUUCGGCGUCGCUCGCAGAGACCGUCGCAGAGGUGCUGCGUAGCGACGCGGACGAAAGGAACCGCGAGAAGGCCCAGGAGAUCAUGGAGUCCUGGAGCAGUCAGGCCAUGCUCGAGGAGGACGUGGCCGAGGACGCCCGCCUGGGCUCCCCCGCUGCCACGGCCGAGAGCUGGCGCGCGCGGAUGCCGCGCUCCCCCUCGGCGCCGCUUGCGUCCAUCGCCGCGGCGUCUCUGGCGCCGGGCGCCGCGGUCGAGUCGCUGUUCCGGUGGCCCGACUCGGAGGACGUGGCAUUCUCAGACUCCCCCGUGCGCGAGGUCACCCACACAACGUUCCGCUGCGGCCUGCGCGUGGCGCAGGGCUCGCCGCUGGACCGCGAGAUCAGCGACGCGGGCCUGUCGCACAAGGAUUUCUUCGAGGGCCUGCACCGGUACAACCACUACGUGGCCGAGGGCGUGCCAGCCUCCCUCGUGGCGCCCUUCGAGACCACCAGGCUGGCCAGCGUGGGGGCCCUCGUGGAGUCGGACAGCUUCUGGCGGCUGGCGCCCGACCUCGGGGCUUCUGGCAGGGCCGGCGUGGUGUCCGAAGUGCUCCUGGAGGCGACCGAGGACUACGAGCUCGCGGUGCGCAGGGCCACCGUCGACCACUUGCUCCUCGACGAGCGCGCCCGGCGGCGCGCCGGCGUGCACUUCGUUCCGCGUCGCGAGGCCCGGUGGGGAGACGGCGUGCUCCGAGGCGUCGAGGGCGCCGUGGGCCGGCCCGCCCCGGAGGCCUGGGGCCCGGCGGCGCGGGCCGCGCGCGCCGCGGUGGCGGCCUCCCUGGGCUGCUUCAGCCGGGCCUCGGUGGCGCUGCUGGACCUGUGGGAGCGGGAGCUCGCGGGCCUCCUGCUGGUGGACCUGCCCGAGCCCGCCGCCUCCGAGGCCGAGCUGCUGGGCCCGGGGGCCUUCUUCGCGGCGCAGGCCGCCCAGCUCCGCGCCGUCAGGGGCCGCCUCGAGGGCGAGUGGCGGGAGCGCACGGCCGAGCUGCUUCGGGCCCAGCAGGCCGCGCACGGCGUCGGGGCCGAGCUGCUGCGGAGGGCCGCCAGCGUCCUGAUGGCCAUCCAGGUGAGAGGCGCCGUCGAGCGGAGCAUCAGCGCCCUCGUGGGCUUCCUCGGCCGCUUCGGCCAGAAGGAGCCCAUGGCCCCAGACCGGGCAGCGCGCCUCGGCGGCCGGGACGACGCGGACACCUCGUUCCUCGUGGUGCGCCUCACGGUGGAGGAGGGCGCGGUGCGCUUCGCGGCCCCUCUGCGCGAGCUGGGCGGUGGCCUCCUCGACGUCUUCCGGCGCCUCGUGACUGGACUGUCGGGGCUCGUAGAGCCUGGCGCGGGAGGCGACGGCUCUGGCGGCCCAUUGGAGUGCCAGUGUGAGGCGCUACUCUCUGAUUCUCGUGCGCAGCUGGCGAUCAGCUUCAUCGGCGACGUGGUGAGCCUGAACACGACGAGCGCCGAGAAGACCUUGCGGCUGUACGAUGAGUUUGAGUUCCUGCUCGAGGAGGAGGCCAAGGUGCGCCGUCUCGUGCAGGGUGGCCCGCUGACCCAGCAGGAGUACGUGUCUCACAUCGAGCGGCUGCUCGAGGCGGAGGCGCGUCUCUCCCGGAGCCGGCCGGAGUUCGUGCGCCUGCAGCUGGUCUCCGUGGACUGCCGCUCGGUCAACGAGGCGCUCCGCCAGGGCGCCGCUGCGGCCGUGGGCGUCUUGCUGCAGGCGGUGGCGGACGUUCUGCUGAGCAUGGCCGAUGCCCUCAUCGGGGACUUCGAGGCGCUGGCCACGCGGUUGUCCCGCCGGUCCGAGGCCGAGCUGACCGCGCUGCCCUCGGUGUCCGAGCUGGUGAGCUUCGAGGCGGCCGCGGCCGAGUUCCGCGCGGGGGGGCGCGAGGCGCUCCUGGAGGCGUUCGGCCGCCUCUGCGACUGGCUGGCGUUCGCCCAGCGGUGCGAGGAGAGGUGCUGCGUGCCCGCCCUGUCUGGGGCGCACUUCCAGAGGGUCAGCGACGCGUCGGGCUGGGUGGGCUACAUCGACGAGGUGGCGGACGACGCCGAGGAGCGGCUGCAACGGGAGCGCGAGAUGCUUGAGCAGGGCUUCGAGGAACGGCGCGGGGCUCUGCUGGAGGAGAUCCAGCGGCUCCGGGAUGCGGGCGCCGUCCUGAGGAGCUGCAGCAACUUGCGCCAUGCCGAGGAAUACCUGGAGCGCGCCGAGUGCCUGCGGGCCGAGCUCGCCAGGGCGCGCGUGGAGGCGGGCGCCUUGUCGGAGCAGGAGCGGUCCUUCGGGUGGGAGCCGCGCGAGCUCGAGGAGUUGCGGCGGGGCGAGCAGGAGCUUGAGCCGCUCUGCUCGCUGUGGGCGCUGGCCUGCGACCUGGCCAGGGCGGAGAGGUCGAUGCUGCGCGCCGCACUGUUCUCUCUGGACCCCAUCCAGCUGAGGCGCGAGGUGCACGCGAUGCUGCAGGAGGCGCAGCGCUUGCGGGAGGUCUUCCUCGAGGACUCCACGGGCGCGAGCAGCGCCUGCGGCGCAAUGGCCUCCAGGGCGCCGACCAAUGUCGCUGGGCAGCUCGAGAAGCUGGCCACCAGGGUUCUGACGCGCCACGUCGGCCUGGCGCAAGCGCUGUGCAACGAGAGCCUGCAGGCCCGGCACUGGGAGCAGAUCUCGGGCGUGCUCGGCGUGCACAUCCACGCCGACGCCCACGUCACGCUGAAGGGGCUGCUGGCCUCGCAGGAGGCCGAGGCCGGGGGGCACGCCUUGCAGCUGCAGCUCAUCAGCGAGGCCGCCACGCGGGAGCACGAGAUCGAGCGCCUCCUGGACGCGAUGGAGACGGACUGGAAGUUCGUGGAGCUCGAGUUCCACCUCUUCCACUCCUCGAGGGCGCUGGUCCUCGCCGAGGCCUCCCUGGAGGAGGUGCGCGUGGUGAUCCAGGACCAGCUGCGCAAGACGGUCUCGGCGCGGCUCUCGCCGCAGUCGGCCGCCUGGGCCGCCAGGCUGGCCUCGUGGGAGGAGUGGCUCGUGCUCGCGGACGAGGUGGCGGAGGGCUGGGCGUCGGCGCAGGAGCUGUGGACCCGCGUGGAGCCAAUCUCGUCUUCAGCGGGCGGGACGUCUUCAAGCAGCUGCCGGUGGAGGGCAGCCUGUUCCGUAGCGCCGACAGACAGUGGCAGCGGCUCACGCGCGCGGCGAGCGUCAAGAAGUUCGCAAUGGCCGCCUUCAAGCAGGAGGGGCUCCCGGCCCAGCUCGCCGCCUGCAGCAGGAAGCUUGACGAGGCGCUGCGAAGCGUGGCCGACCUGUGGGAGACCAAGCGGCAGACCUUUCCGAGGCUCUACUUCCUCCACGACAGCGAGCUCCUGGGCAUCCUUGCGGACAUCAGGGACCCCGGCAGGGCGGCUCAACAGGUGCAGCGGGUUUUCCCUGGCAUCCACGACCUCGUGGCGCUGGACUCGGAGGGUGCCUCCGCAGUGGCUGGGAUGGUCUCUGCACUCGGCGAGCGCGUGCACUUCGAGCAGGUCAUCGAGCUGGACGCCUACGAGGGCGCCUUCGAGGAGUGGCUCUGCGGGCUCGAGGCCGCCAUGCGCUCCUCCAUGCGCUCCGCGUGCCUGGACAGCCUCUUCCAGCGGGGCUCCGACGACCAUGCGGCCUGGGCGCGGCUCUACCCGACGCAGGUCGUUCUGUGCGCCAGCCUGGUGCUGUGGACGCAGACGGUGGAGUGCGCCCUGCCCGAGCACGGCGGCCUCGCGCGGCUCGCACGCCACUUCGGCGGCCAGCUCGAGGGGCUGGUGCGCGCACUGCGCCGCCCCGCCGGCGGCCGCGAGACUUCCGGUGGCGCUGCCGCCGACGCCCCCAGCGAGGCGGACGCCGGGGACCAGGGCGCAGCUGGCACCGCCCAGGCGACGGCGUCGACGGCGAAGCUAG